AUGGGCAAUUCUACCUUUAGGCUGGGCCCCAAUUACAAUUUCAUGAACCCCAAUGUACAGGCAUUGGCCUUUACAAUGGCGCCUGCUCAGGCCACUACCCCGGCCUUUAGCACCACACAUUUCCAGCACGGCGGGUCGUUCCUCUUCCAGCACCAGACUUCCCUGACCUACGACCAGCCGCCGCAACAGCCUCGCUUCCCUCCCGGAAACUUGGCGCUGCCAGCCGGAAUUCAGACAAGUUUCCCUCAGCAGUCUCCUGAGAUCUCCGAACUGACGAGAACAUGGGACAGCUGGGUAUACGGGAAUAUGCUUGUGGACUGGUAUCCAACCGCGGCACCCGAGCGCAUCAAGUAUUCGGAAAUUAUGCUUAAUGCAUUCAAAGUCAGGAAGGCUGCCGACCUGGCCCAGUAUAAAAAUUCGCUCAAGGCUGGUCUCACGGCCCUCUUGGCCCAUAAGCCUGUCGACGUCGGGCCAGAAGACACUCUGGCCAACCUGUCCGAACUUACGGAACAAGUACGGCAGCGAAUCCAGGCGGCCACCGGCGGACAGCCUCUAGACCACCAGAACAUCGCAGACAUCCCCGAAGCCGUCUUGAAUUCGAUCGUCUCCGAGCGCUGCGCGCGUUAUGGAGAAGUGAUGCUUCCGCUCACUGUGACUUUCGGCCCGGUCAGGUAUACCAAGGCCAUGGUCGUCUCCAUGGGCAAGCGCCAGCUACUCGACGAACGAUGCCGCUUCCGUUACGAAGGCCAGGUCCCUCGCCCGCAAAGAGAAUACCGCGCAAGGCUUGCAGUCGUCCGGAACACGGUAUUCCACAUGCUUGCCAGGCUUCUCGCAUUCGUCCACCCCGGCCUCGAGAAUAUCCUGCCUGUCAUGCAAGAAGCGAGGACCGAAUCGAUCCACACCCUGAGGCAGUGCUACGAGUCAGCAUUCCCUUCUCCCUACCAGCCGAGCCAAGAGCUCCGCGAUUUCAUCACCGCCAAGGUCAUGGAGACAGAGGCCACAGUAGAGCUUGCGUGGCUCUUGGUCCAGGUAGACCAGGACACGCAUACCGUGGACGACCACGCCUUCACCGCCAUUCUCACAAAGCUCACCCAAAAGCCACUGAGGGAUCUGGCCAACUGCUAUCACCAUCGCCAAAAGACGGCGGCGGAGAAGAUCUUAUUCGAGGAGUGCGAGUACAAUGAUAGGGUGGCCGUGUACAAAAAUGGGAAAUCCUAUCUCGACUUCGUCAACAAGUGGUACCCCGAGGCUCGUCAGGAUCCUCUCGUCAACCUCUAUAGCGGCCCACGAAUCGCCGAGGAGCUGUUCCAGACCAACCUCGAGAGAAUUUACCAGCUGGUGGCGCCGAAAUUUCCUGUCUUGGCUCCCACACCUCCCAUAUCAGCAACCCCUUCCAUCGAGGUCCGCCUCGUCGAGGCUCUCCUUCCAGUCACCGCUGCCCAACCGCCCGUCACCCCAGAAAGCGCUCCAGAACUCGUCGCGGCUCUAAACCCCCGCCUUCGAGGCGUUCUCGCCUCUGCCCCGCUGCAGCGGGCGUGGGGUUCCGCCUCCACCGUUGCGGCCUCCACCAUCGCGCUCACGCGCUCCUUCACCACGACCAAUUCGCUGCAGAAGAAGAAGAAGAAGGACAACAAACCCAAGUGGCUACGACACUGGACCAUCCACCGGGCUUGGCUCCUACACCAGCGCCACGUCCGCGAAGCCCGUCAGAAGGAGCUCAUGAGGAUGCAGCAGGGCAUGUUUGAGGCAUGCGAGGAGCUGAGGAAGACGAGCGGACCUGGCUUGAGGCCGGAAGGAUACCUCUACAGGGUUGGCAUGGAGAAGAAGGGUGUUUACGGGCCCAAGGGCAUUCCCAUCGAGUACGCGAGGCUACAGACGGACACUCCUGCGCGGGAAGCCUGGAAUCACAAUUGGACGAGGUAA